GUAUUUAAACAUUCCACAAACAGACGUCUGUCUUAGGUUUUUGCGUAGAAAAUUAACCGUAAGUAUACUAUUAAAUUACAAUUUAUUACAAAUGAGAUAUCUAAGUUAUUAAAUACUAUAUUUAUACUUUAAUAGGAAUAAACGAAAUUCUGUAGGACUUUGAUGUCUGGAGAGCAGAUUGUACCUCUGGUUUUACAUUUACUUCAUUUAGGCUUCACUCAGUGGUGUAGCUAGGGAGGGGAAUGGUGGUCCGAAUUUGAAAGUUCCCUCGGGCCCCUACUUGAGGGGGGCCCCCAAAAUGCGUGUCCGAAUUUUUUUUUUUACAUUAAAUAAUGUCGAAUGUCAAAAUGCAGGGGCCCUUAAAGAGGCCAAGCCCCCCGGGCCCCCAAAUCCCCCCCCCAAAAAAAAAAUACCUAGCUUCGCCACUGGCUUCACUUGAAAAAAAUAACAGUUUCCUUAUUAUUACUAUAAAUAAUUGUUAUUAUUGUAUUUACUUUUUACAAACGAAAGAUUUAAAAAGUGUAUGGAUCUUUAAAUUUAGCUGGCAGAAAAAAUGUUCCAACAAUUUCCAUUUAUAUUUCUGAAAACCAAAGUGAAAUGGCCUGGAUUGUCUUUGAUGGAGUCAGUUCUAUACACUCGAAUGCUAGCUAUCGGUUAUUUUAAUGUUUAACUGUGUCAAUUAGUCCGUCAAAAGUCGAAAGUCGAUCAUGACUAUUUCACUCAUCGGACUGGUGCUGGAGCUGACUUUGUAUUUCGGUGCGCAGAUGGCAUAUCAGGUCGAGUCUGGCACGAAAUGUUCCUUGAGCACGCGGUGCUAGGGCUAGAUGGGACUUUACAGUGUUUGACGGCUAUGAUAAGAUUUACCAUUAAAAAAAAUCACUGUAAAGUUGAUAAUUUUAUUAUGUAGACAUUUAUUUUACUCAUAUCUAUACAUAAGUUAGAACUAAAUGUUAUUCUGGAGUUGGCAAUCAUAUUUCUUUUAAAUUAUUAGUAAAGAUAACAAUGAACAUUCAGACGCCAUGUCAACAGCUGUCACGUGUUGGGGUGAGUUGGUGCACUUAAUUUGGUUUCAAAUAUAAUUUAUUUACCUUUUGAUAACAUUUUUGUUUUACUUUGAAGGGAUGCUGUCCAUAAAAAAAACCACACCGUCUAGCACCAUGAACAAGGGCAUCCACCAAAGGUGUGCAUUCGGGAUCAUCAACUGCAUCCAAACACUCUGGCAAGAGCAGGAUCUACAGGACUUUAACUUUCAAGUAGAUGACACAUCGUUUCACUGUCACCGUGUUCUGCUCGGGGCGUGCUCUCCGGUGUUAAGGGGCAUGUUUAAAUCUGGUAUGAAAGAAGAUAAGGAAGGGUUUGCUAGGCUACAAGAGAUUUCAAAGGAGACCUUUCAGCUGAUUAUUACGGUUCUUUAUACAGGACGCGAUGUACUGACAGUGGAUAAUGUUAUAGACAUAUGGAAAGCUGCACACAUGCUGCAAAUUGAUUUCUUGGUCAAACAUUGUGAAAAGUGUGCAACCAAGUUCAUUAAAACAGAUAACUUUCAUGAGUUUAACGAAAAUGCAAAGUUGUUUGGAUCAGAAACGGUUUUGAAGGUUACGCGAAAAUUUAUCCUAAAAAAUUUCAAUGCUGUUAGAAAAACGCAAGGAUUUCUAAAAAUGUCUUCGAAUGAAGUGUUGUCAAUCGUUAAAAGACAGGAUCUUGUCGUGUCUUCGGAGGAUAUCGUUCUUGAAGCAAUCUUAGAUUGGGCAGAUUAUUACAAAGACGAACCAGCUUCAGAGCAAAGUCUUGAUGUCAAUGGAACAAAAUGCCAACGAGGAAGUAAUGACUACGAACAGGCCGAAAAUGUUAGAAGUGUUGGAAAUGUGAAUACUGAAGGAAGCGAUGUAAACCAUCAGAAGGAAGAGCGGCGUGAUAAAACAAGAGAAGAGGAUAACAAGGAAAAUGACGCACUAACAAGAAGCCAAUCUCAGGCCGUCCACCGCAAAUCUAGACUUUAAUGUUUAACCUACCUUCUUAAGGCUUCUAGGCUAUGUCUGGCAAGUUCUUUAUUCCUUAAGGCUUUGUAUAAGCAUGAGUUGGUCAAACUACGAAGCAAGAAAUAUCAUUUUUACUGCAGUCACGUACAAAUUAUCCACCUGUUGGCACGGACAAUGGCCUUCAACGGCAAUUCACAGGGAGUGUAGUGCUUUUGAUAACUUUGGUGUCUAUGUGUCAGGUAAAACAAACAUAGAAGCUUUGUCUCUUGGUAAAGGGAAAGGGGUGAGACUAAAGCGCUGUUCAAAUUUAGAUACAAUAUUUCGCUUAGAGUCUUAUAAUAACGAAAUUUAUGCCUUUGGACAAAGCUCUAAAACAUUAUUUUCAAACAUCUUAUAUAUUUUUCGAUUUGAUGGCAAUGAAUGGAGAAGCGCCAUUACAGUACCUGGUCAAGAUACUAAAGCAAUUCUUGUAGCCCAUGGGGAUUUCAUGUAUAUCCUCUCUAAUCAAGCAAAAAAACUCUAUCGAUUUAAUCCCACCGCUGUAUCAAUCAAUGUCCAGGAGUUCACACCUCUGCUAGCUCAUACAGCAUUUGAAUGUGCUUUCAGCUUUGAAAUAAACAUUCUGGCCUUUUGUGACAUCGUUGUCAAUGAUAAACAUGAAACACGUGCCUAUAGUCUGAAUAUCGCAGAUAAAAAAUGGACGCGAUGCGGAGGAUUUGAAGGACCAGCUAAGCACAUGAUCAGCUUCAGAGACGACAACGACUGUUAUAUUUUACAAACCGAUGGGAGUUUGCGUGUCGUCACUGUUGGAAUCAACGGAAUUGUUGGGUUUACCUUUCUAUCAAAACUUUGGGAUUUCAACAAAGUUCUACACGGCGCCGUGAUCUACAAAGAUUGUCUAAACAUAUUUGGAAAUGAUCCCAGCAGUGAACUUAAGUAUAAAGAUGUAGCUUCUUUCCUGGCUGGGCGAUUUAAAAACAUAACACGCUUGGGUGAUGACGAUGCCACAUCAAAUUUCGUGCCUGCUACAUUAAGAAAGUCUCAGUUUUGAUCUCAGGAGGGUACUAAGUAAUUACAGAUCCAGUUAGUGACUUAGAAAAAAAAUAUAUUUCCAUCGUUUAAAAAAAAAAACCACAACAACAAAUUUAUAAUUGUAUCUACAUAGAUAAAAAUGGACGUAAAGAAAUAACCGGGAAUAAAUAAUAAAGAAGUCUUUAAACACUUUAUAAACCGGGCAUGUUUUACAAAUUUCUCAAUCCGUCCGUGUAGAGCAGAAAACGGACACGUUUGAUCCUUAUAAGUAUGGCCUUUAAUCAUUACUUUAAAGAAGUAAUAGGCUUAGCGCAGGUUGAUUCAGAACAUUUGUUGAUCAUUGGUUCUUUGGAAAAAAAUUAAGUAGGCCUACGAAAAAAAUUUCUAAUUACGCAUUUUGAUGCAACGUCCUUGUCAGUAGUUAUGUUACAUCGUAGGUUGUUGGGUUAUAAAAAAAAAAAUUGAAUAAAUGACCCGAUGCUAUCCGGAUAAUAAUGGUAGAUCCUUUGCAAUAAUUUCUAACUGCUAUUGCAAAAGCUCAUCACAAUUCAUAACAUAAAAAUAUAAUGAUACUUACGUUUCUAACAUCAUUAAGUUUUGAGAGGUGUUUAUCUGCUUAGAUAUUAUAGGCCUUUCACGCUCAUAAACUACUUUCCCCCCUCUAAACAUGACCAUGAAUUACCCAAUCUAAAGUAUGACAAAUUAUAUCACUUUUGUCACUAAAGAAGUUAACUGAGGACGAUUUCUACGCUAGAGAAAUGCCUUAGAUGUACCCCUUUUCGUGCCCUCAAAUUACAACUUUUUUUCUCUAAAAAUUGUUUUAAAAAAAUUAUCUUAAAUUUACAAAC